AUGAAACUCACUAGCUCCACUCAUUAUUCCCUUCUCUUCUUAUCGUCCAUAUUGGGACUUUCAUGCGCCGCCAGCAACUCUCACUUGACCGAUGAUUCCUCAUGCGUGGCGCAUUCGCCAACCAGUGGCCUCUAUUAUGAUCUCAAUCCGAUCUCGUUAUCCCCACCACCGAUGAAGAACGGCAAGAAAGUAUCAUCGGAGGAUCGGGAUGAAAGUUGGCCCGCGAAGGGCCAUGACUACCCCGCAAACUUCACACUCAAUGUAUGCGCGCCGGUGAUUGAGAACUUUACCGAUGUGGUGGGCGUGCCAUCUUCCCGUUGGCAGAAUAUCAGCGCGUUCUACGAACAGCAUGGGAAGAUAUAUUCGCUGGGUGAACAAGCAUCGGAUCCCUUCUUCCGUGGUCGCAAACUGGUCCUUAACUAUACGAACGGUUCCCCUUGUCCCGAUGAGCUCAAUGGCGCUAGCUCGAAUGCUUCCGUCCGAACCAUGUCCACCCUGAUGUCUUUUCUCUGUGAUCGUGAUGCUCCGGCAAACCAGGCAACCGCAUCCUUUGUCGGCACUAUGGAUUCCUGCUCGUACUACUUUGAGAUUCGCAGUUCCGCUGCAUGUGGUGGAAUCGCCGUGGACCCCAACUCCGGCGGAAUGGGGCCGGGUGGUGUUUUCGGUGUCAUUAUGCUCAUUGCCGUUGCCGCCUAUUUCAUUGGAGGUUGUGCUUAUCAACGUACCGUCAUGCACCAGCGUGGCUGGCGCCAAUGCCCCAACUUCAGUUUGUGGGCUGGAAUGCUUGACUUCAUCAAGGACAUGUUCAUCAUCUCCUUCUCAACUAUUGGCAGUUGCCUUCGUCUGAGACGUUCGCCAUCGAAUGGUGGAUACACACGUGCUGGCUCCGAUGACCGUGGAGGCUUCAUUGGUGCUAUUGGGGGUCGAGGAAGAGGCUCCAGUGGUCGGGGCGAUGUUGAUGCAGAGAAUCGGUUGAUAGAUCAGCUGGAUGAAGAAUGGGAUGAUUAG